AUGUCUGAAGCGCCAAGCUCGCCUGUACGGAGCUUGAUGACAGCCCAGGAAUACUAUUCCAGUUUUCCAAAUAAUCCUAUUAUCAGCGAGAGGUUUCACAAUAUUGACGAGGCUUCGCAUUUCCGCGAUAGCCUGGCAUUAUUGAGUGACGCCCAGACCAGGAACUUUGUACUGGAUUUUGGCAACGAGGAUGCCUGGUGUGCUGUGGAUUUGGAGACGCAAGAUCUUACUGCAUUGCUUACUCAUAAUAGGUCGAGGUGUUUUGGAACGCGAUGGAUAAAUAUAUGGGCCCCAGAGGAACAAAAAGAUCUGAUCAAGGCCAUCACCAAUUACUACGGUGUCUCCGAGCGGCUGCAAGGGCUAAUGUGCACCGAUCCAGUAACCCGGCCACCAAAACCCACCGCUCCAGCCCAACCUGCAAGGAGAAGUUUCCAAUCAAGAGGCAGCCCCAAGCUAGCACGCACCAAUGUGGACGAAGAUCUGGAAGACGGCUAUGCCAUGAAACCGUUGCCGAGCUCGGAAGAGGUCCAUGCUGCUGCCUCAUUUCGGGGGAUUACGUUUGGUCAUGUCGUGGAUCAGAUAUGGCAUUUUUGUUCUACGGAUUAUGGUCCUAGAUAUACUUGCAUUGGCUAUAAUUCUCUUUACUAUGUACCGAAACUCGAAAUGCCGAAUGGAAAGGGACUUCCAGACGGAAGGCGGUUAUGGUCGUGGCUCAUACUAUUUGACGACGGAACCGUCCUCUCCAUCCAAGAGAAUCCCUACCCAGGAAAGACGACAGCAUCAGAGCGCGAAAUGAAAGCUGUAACAGCGGUUAGCCGCCGAAAUAUACAAUUAAUAUUUGCAGGAGUAUCAAAACAACACUCUGCAACGUCUGAAAAUGACUCCUUGGUCACGAUUAGAGUGCGGCCGUUCCACGAUUCUGGCCUGGAGUAUGCAAGCAUCAAACAAGAGGAUGGCGCAAGUCUUCUUUUUUAUUAUAUAUUCGACGACUGGGUUUCGAGCUAUGCACUCGUCGCGAAGCGAGAGCAUACAUAUGGAGUUAAUCUUGAUAGCUUGAGAAGCAGCAUGCUGAAUAAACCGGUCGUUGGCCUGAUAGAUCAACUGCAUUGGCUGGGCAGGCAACUUGCGGUGCUCAAGCGUCUGUAUCAAAGUUAUGAGCUUAUUAUGACACGUAUUCUCCAGAGGCAGCGUCUGCUUCACGACGAGGCCCGCUCAAACCAGCCUAGGCUGCCGUUUGGUCAAACAUUUGCCACCGAUACCGAUAUCCAGCGGACAAUGACCAUGCAGGGCAGUUUCAGUGCAUCAGGUACACAGGAGAAUUCUGUUGGCGUCCGUCUAAAUGCACCUGCUGUCGCAAGGUUUGAGAGACUGCUUGACCGCAUCAAGCUCUACUGUCUCUCGGAGAUAGAUACUUGUUUGACGGAAAAAGAGUCGCUUACUUUUCUUAACUUCAACUUGAUCGCUCUGAAGGACUCACAGGCUGUUGAGAAGCUAACCAGGAUAACGAUCCUGCUGGCCAAGGUUACCAUAUUGUUCCUCCCCGUUAGCUUAAUGACGGCAUACUUCUCGACCGAGCUUGAGGGCGUUAAAGGAGUCUACAACCAGGUUCAGUACUGGGUAUCUUUUGCGGUGAUCAUGUUCUUGUCGGUCGUGAUGCUCGUGCUCUUUGGAUAUGUAAGUGACACCGUCGAAGGACAGACGAUCUAUCGGUCGAUGUUCCGGACAUUUUUCCGGAAGUCCAGGAACAGGUUCUUGGGCCAGGAAGAUGUACCAGCAGACCCAGGGCAUUUGCAUGAACAUUGA